CCCAUCCCGCCGCAGCUGUGGUGGUGGGUGGGUGCGAAGUGAGAGUACUAACGGGUUAUGUUACGAGUGAGCAAGUUAUACUAGCUAAGACCAAGGUAAAUGGAGCGACGCCAAAAUUAUUAUCGCGCCACCACCUGAACAACACGCAAGCGCAGCGUCCAAGGGGGCCCUUUCUGCCUCUGGUGCUCGACUCGCACCACCACUGACUGCCCGCCGCCGCCAUCAUGAGUCGCAGUAGUAGCAGCAGCGGCAACGACGCGCCGCCCCACGAGCAUACGACGACGACGACGACGACGUAUGGAGACAUCACCGCGGCCGCCGCCGCCGCCGCCAGCGAGACCACCCCGUUGCUCAACGAAGCUCAGCAGCGCCAUGAGCUCAUGAAGCCGCGCCGGCCACUCCUGGUGCGCGCCGGCCAGGAAGCCUGGCGCGCCUUCAGGGCGACUCUCUUCUGCAGCGGCACCAAUGUCUUGCUCGUCUGCGUGCCGCUCGGCCUCAUGGCCGGUGGUUGGGGCUGGCCCGAGGCCGCCGUCUUCGUCCUCAACUUCCUCGCCAUGCUGCCGCUCGCGUCCAUCCUCACCUUUGCGACGGAGCAGCUCGCCGCCGCCGUCGGGUCCGUCGCGGGCGGCUUGAUCAAUGCCACGUUUGGCAAUGCCGUGGAGAUGAUUGUUGGUAUAAGUGCUCUGAGAGAAGGAGAAGUCGCCAUCGUCCAGUCAAGCAUGAUUGGGAGCAUUCUAUCGUCCAUUAUGCUGAUCCUCGGCACGUCGUUCCUCCUGGCCGGUCUCGGCAAGAGAGCAGUUGAAAUCAACGCCGACAUUGGUGGGAUUCUCACGUCGCUAAUGAUCAUCUCGUGCGCCUCCCUCAUCAUGCCCUCCGCUCUCGACAUCGUCGAGGCAGAAUCCCCGGCUAUGAUCGACAGCAACCCCAGCAGCUACGUGCUGGCCCUAUCACGCUUCACGUCCCUCAUCCUCCUCGCCUUCUACAUCGUAUACCUAUAUUUUCAGUCCGUCUCCCACGCACAUCUGUUCAUCGAAGAAGAAGAAGAAGACGACGAGCCGCAGGACAAGCUGCACCCCCUGUCGAGUUGCGUCGUCCUGAUUCUCUCCACGCUAGGGGUAGGCGCUUGCUCGGACCGCCUCGUCGACAGCAUCGACGGCUUCGUCGAGACGCUCGGCGUAAGCCGCAGCUUCAUCGGCUUGAUCAUCGUACCCAUCGUAGGCAACCUCGGCUGCUUCGUCGGCACGAUACAGUGGUCCAGGACAAACAGGAUCAACCUGGCCGUUUCGGUCAUCGUCGGCAGCACGCUGCAGAUAUCGCUCUUCGUUGUCCCGUUCCUUGUCAUCGUGGGCUGGAUCAUCGGCAAGAACAUGUCCCUGCAAUUUGACACGUUUGAAACAAUCAUCCUGACUCUGUCGACUCUCGUCGUCAGCUGCCUGUUGCGGGGCGGCGAGACAAACUAUUUCGAGGGCCUCCUCCUCGUCGCCACAUACGUCAUCAUAGGCAUUGCCUUCUUCGUGCACCCCGGCGCAGCGGUGACCGCAACCAUUGACCAUCGUGCUGUUUUGGCAAAGGAUACCGUGUUGGCGGCGGUGCACAGUGCUGCUGUGGCCAGUGGAAAAUCUUGAGCUCUCUCGCGUGCCAAAUCUUGGUACGCUCUCCAUGAAAAUAUCCAUGGCGACGAGACCUGUACAAAGCACAGACGAGCAAACUAGCGAAUAGCGCUGGUAUAGAAUUUUUUUUACAUGCAUACUACUCUUCUGAGCUCGUUUCUUGCCGACGCCAACGCCGCGGCACCAAAGGC